AUGUCAGUGAAUAAUACAAAUUCAACGACGUUAAGACAAAAUAUAAUUACAGAUUCUACCACUAGAAUAGUAUCUAGCUUAAAUACAACAGCAAGCUCAGCAAUCAAAACUGCUAUUACAAAUGAAUGGAAAAAAUUAGAUCGUGGGACAUUAAUAAGAGGAAUGAUUGUUUUGGUUGGCAUUACGGCACUUAUUCUACUCUAUAUUGGGGUUAAAACAUUUGCGUUACGUAAAAAACGUCAACCAAAACGUUAUACCUUAAUUAACAACACCUCUGAACCAUUAAUGUCGAAUGUGCUUGAUGAAGACGAAGAGGUGGAGGACAAUACAUUGUAUUUGGGUGGAGCGGCUAUAAAAGCAGCAUUAUCAAAAGCAAAUGUGAACCUCGAUGAAGUAUCCGAAGUUAUCAUGGGUCAAUGUUUAACAGCAUCUGAGGGACAAAAUCCCGCUCGUCAAGCGGCCCGUUCUGCUGGGUUAGCCUAUACAAUUCCUGCAUUUUCAGUGAACAUGGUAUGUGGAUCCGGAUUAAAAGCUGUAAUUUUGGGUGCACAAGCUAUAAAAUCUGGAGACGCAUUAGUCGUAAUUGCUGGAGGGCAGGAAAGCAUGAGUCAGGCUCCUCAUUGUGUACACAUUCGCCAACAACAAAAAUUGGGUGACUGUGCGUUGGUUGAUACAUUAAAAAAUGACGGCUUAAUAGACGCUUUCAAUCAUGUACAUAUGGGUAUAACGGCUGAAAAUGUAGCGGAAACCUAUGGUAUAACCAGGCAAGAACAAGACGAAUUUGCCUUACAAUCCCAACUGAAAUGUGAACAUGCUAUGUCAUUGGGACAUUUUGAUAACGAAAUUGAACCGAUCACUCUCGCUACAGCAAAAGGCGGUACGGUAACGGCUGGAAAUUCGUCUGGAAUUAAUGAUGGAGCAGCUGCACUUGUUCUUUGUUCAAAUCGUGUUGCACAUCUAAAACAACAAACACCAUUAGCAAAAAUUAUUUCAUGGGCACAAGUUGGCAUCGAUCCUUUGAUCAUGGGGAUAGCACCCGUCAAAGCCAUACAAGAUGCGCUUCGAAAAGCUGAAUGGACAAUUGAUAUGGUUGAUCUAUUUGAACUGAAUGAAGCUUUUGCUGCACAAAGUGUUGCCGUUAUUCAUGAAUUGAAGAUAAAUCCCGAAAAAAUUAAUAUCAACGGCGGUGCAAUUGCGUUGGGCCAUCCCAUUGGAGCUUCUGGCGCAAGAAUACUUGUAACUUUAAUUCAUGCAUUGAAACGAACGGGUUUAAAACGUGGUGUUGCUUCCCUUUGUAUUGGUGGCGGUUUAGGCAUAGCAAUGUGUAUCGAGUCACUUUGA